GGAAUUUUCUUCAGAUUACUUGUUUCUCCUGUAGGUAUGUAUAUUUUCUAAAAGAUAUUGGAUUGUAGAACUUAAUAAUGUGCACUGAAUUCUUCUAAAGGAAAAUAAAGAAAAAACAGUGGGAGCAUGACGGGACAUAAACAUUACCACACUCUGUUUUGUAUUUUUCCUGAUCCAAAUUCUACUUUUACACAAUAACUUAAUCUAGCCAAAAAGGAAAGAACCUUUUCUGUAAGUUGUAAUAAUAUCUUAAAGUUAACCCUCCAUUCAACGAAUCAUAAAGGCAAGUUCAUUAGCAGUUCAAUCAUACUGAAUUAUGCUUUUGCUUCCUCGAACCCUUAUUCCAAUUUUGAAAGUAUCGAAAACUGUAAUUGCACCAAACCAGAAGUUACUCUUCAGUCCGCGUCUGCACUCCGGAUUGACCUGCAAAGCCCCGAGGUGGAACUCGGGGUAGAUACUCCGAUGCUAAAGUCAGCAAUAAUCGGGACUACCUUUAGAGCGGAGAUAAAAGGAGCUUAAGAAUGGUUUCCAUUACCUUUUUGACGUGGCCCUUGGGGGGUAUUUAUAGGCUUCAGUGAGGAACCCACGUGGCAUGCCAAGCAAGAUAAUCGAAGCGUGACGUGUCCCUUGAGGAGAUAAACUCGGGACCAGCUACAAAUUCGGGACCGGAGAAUUAUAUAAUAAAUCAGGUGUGGGUAUACCCACUGUAUUUAUCGUGCAGCCGUUUGGCCAAAAAUACUGGGUUUAACUUCACUUCGGCUAUUAAGGAAUUGUUACAGUAUGUCCGAGGUUAAGGACCUCGGACUUAUCCUUACAAAAACCGAAGCCUCCCUCUGUAUGCUGGUAAAACAUUUGAUAUUUCAGCAAUGAAGGUUCAGCAACUUUGUAUGGUUUUACAGCCAACUCUGUACAACAAAACACAUGACUACCAAAAACGGUUCGGGAGUAAUGAUUAGUGGUUUCGUUUAAACCACUAAGAAUAAGUGUUUAGUAAACUUAUUUAUUUCAA